CCUAAUGGACGGUCUUUCCUUGAUGUAUCUGAGGAUGAAGUAAUACAAACUGUCCGUAAAGACAAUAUGAAGCAGCCCGUAGACACAGAAAAGAAGAAUGAAAAGUCAAAGAAAAAAAAGAAAUCCAAGGGAGAUGCUAAAAUGGUUCAGGAUACAUCACGUCUAGAUGGAAAGGAAGUUGAUGAAGGCGCCUGGGAAACUAAAAUCAGUAACAGAGAGAAGCGACAACAGCGUAAACGAGACAAGGUGCUGACCAACGGUGGCUCAGGAGAAUCAAAUGUCCAAGGGGUGGAAAAUACGGUUAGUGUGUCCAUUGAACAACUGAUGCCUACACCAUCGCUUCCAGCUGGAAUCAGAAAAAAUAAAGGUGAUGCGCUUCUGAAUGCACAAGUUAGCAGCUCUAAACCUGCAAAGGGGGAAUCAUCAGUUCCACAAGUUUCUCCAGGAUUGACUGAAAGCCAUACAGUAAAUGGAGGAAACUGGAAUGAGAAGUCUGUAAAAAUGUCACAGAUCGGUGCAGGGGAGGAGAAAUGGACGUCUGUUCCCUCAACUGCAGCUGGGAAGAGGAAGACCGAGGCAUCAGCUUGGGGCCAGGAUUCUGGAGAUGCUAAUGGAAAUGGAAAGGACUGGGGUGUAACCCUGGUGGGCAGGCCCUGGAAAGAGCGUUCUUUGUUCACUCCUAUUGGCUCGAACAAUGAGUCAGUUCCUCAGGCUGGAGCUUCUGAUUUUCAGUGGGAUUUAAGUCGUGCUCAACCCUCUGUUGAUGACGAAUGGUCUGGGUUAAAUGGACUUUCUUCAACUGAUCCCAGCUCUGAUUGGAAUGCACCAGCAGAAGAGUGGGGAAACUGGGUAGAUGAAGAAAAAGUUGCUUCUGUUCCGCAGCCUGAAGAGAUACCUGUUGUUCAGAAGGCUUCAGAUAAUGAAAGAGAAAAAGCAGAGCCAAUUCUUCAGAGUUCUACAAGUGGCAAAUCAAAGAAAAAGAAGAAGAAAAAGAAGAAGCAGGGUGAAGAAGCUAACUCUCCUGCACAGGACACUGAAGAACUGGAUAGAGAAGCUGCAGAGGAAUUUCAGGAGGAUACCUCAAAAGUUCAACCGCAGCAGGAAAUAGGUUUUUCUCUGAAGACCAUAAGUACUAGUGAACCAGCUAAGGUAGGGAUGCAAAACAGUUUGCCCGAGGAGGCUCCUUCGCUUGCUGUUUCUCCUGAGCCAUCUGUAAUUGUAUCAGAGAGCGAUUCUGACAAGAUCGCUUCCCAAGUGCCACAGAUGCUGCAAGAGACAGAUGUUUCUAGUCCCAAUAUUAAGCAAAACAGUGUGCCUCCUCCCCAGA